AUGCCAUCCGAAGUGGUCCUCUUCCUCUAUCCCUUCCAAACGGGACAGACGUGUCCGGGGGAGGCACGCUUCCACGGGACUCCGCGGCUCGCGAGCCUCACCCCCAGGCUCCUUGCUCGCCCAGGCAGCGCGAAUCCCCAGGGCUGGGUUCCCGAGGGCAGAGGGUCAGCUUGGCGUACCAGGCACUGUCUGGUAGCUGUACCCGUCCUCGCAGCCCCAUCCUCAUUUUCUGAGGCUGUUAGCAGAAAGCCCCACCGGGAGGAGAGGCGGGACGUCUGGGGAUGGCCUCUCAGCGCCCUCUGCGCCUCGGCAUCCUUUGCUGGCCAUCUCGGGCGCCCUCGGCUGUGGCGCCCGGUGGAGGAGAGGAGUUUCCGGGGCUCGGGUCCCUGCAGCCAUCCCGGGGAAGGAGCGCGGAAGCGAGUGGGCGGCGAGAGGCGGAGCAAGGGACGCGGGGGGCGUGGACGCGGCCGGCUUUGGAAAGGCCCCAAGUUAUUGAGGCGUGCGCCGGCGGCGGAGUGCCUUUCGGAGCUGGGCUUUCCCCCGCGGCGCGGGCGCCAGGAGCCGCCUUUUCCGCUGGGUGUCACUCGGGGGUGGGGGGGAUGGCCCAUUCAAAAGCGCCGCGAGGGGGCCCGGCCAGAGCCCUUCAGUGAGCGCUCGCAAGAGGACGGCAGAGGCCCGGCGGCUCGCAGCUCCCGGACCUUGUGGCGCAUCAGGACGCGGCUGCCCUGCUGCUCGGACCCCGAGGAACCGCCGCAGCCGCCGCCGCCGCUCUGCUUCCUGCGCGUUAGCCUCUUCUGCGCGCUCCGGGCGGGCGGCCGCGGGAGCCGUUGGGGCGAGGACGGCGCGCGGCUGCUGCUGCCCCCCCGGGCCCGGGCGGCUGGAAGAGGAGAAGCCGAGCCGAGCGGCGGUCCCCCCUAUGCCGGGAGGAUGUUGGAGAGCAGCGGCUGCAAGGCGCUGAAGGAGGGUGUGUUGGAGAAGCGCAGCGACGGGUUGCUGCAGCUCUGGAAGAAAAAGUGCUGUAUCCUCACUGAGGAGGGGCUGCUGCUCAUCCCGCCCAAACAGCUGCAACACCAGCAGCAGCAGCCCGGGCAGGGGCCAGUCGAGCCAUCCCAACCCGGAGGCCCCGCUGUGGGCAGCCUCGAGCCGCCCGUCAAGCUGAAGGAAUUGCACUUUUCCAACAUGAAGACCGUGGACUGCGUGGAGCGCAAAGGCAAGUAUAUGUACUUCACUGUGGUGAUGGCCGAGGGCAAGGAAAUCGACUUUCGGUGCCCGCAGGACCAGGGCUGGAACGCGGAGAUCACGCUUCAGAUGGUGCAGUACAAGAAUCGUCAGGCCAUCCUGGCGGUCAAGUCCACGCGGCAGAAGCAGCAGCACCUGGUCCAGCAGCAGCCGCCGCAGCCGCAGCUUCAGCCCCAGUCCCACCCUCAAGCCCCGCCGCAGCCGCAGCCCCAACCCAAGCCCCAGCCGCAGCCGCAGCCCCAACCCAAGCCCCAGCCGCAGCCGCAGCCGCAGCCGCUCCAUCCGUAUCCGCAUCCGCACUUGCGUUCGCACCCACAUCCGCACCCGCACCCACUACCGCUCUCGCAGCCGCACGGCCACCGGCUUCUCCGUAGCACCUCGAACUCUGCCUGAAGAGGGCAGCACCCGAGCCAGACGAGGUUGUGAGGACUUGAGGAAGUGGGACAAGCACCUUUCUAUUGUCUUCACUUGGAUCGAAAACAAAACAGUCGCCCCGCCCGCACCAGACCAAGUAGUUUGGACAGAAUACGACCGAUAACUUGGCGAUUCCUCUUAGUUUUUCUGCAUACUCUUCAUCACAAUGCAGGAAAUGAUUUCGAGUCCAGAAGGCUUUAUUUAUGAACCUUUGAGAGGAUCUUCCAGUAUGGUGGACCUUUUAGGAGCGAUGAUGUACUGUAAUGUUAUUUUAAUGUAUUUUGAUUUAUGAUUAUUUAUUAGUUUUUUUUAAAUGCUUGUUCUGAGACAUUUCUGAAUGUAGGCCAUUUUCCAAAAAAGAAACUUUAUUUUCAAAAACCUAUUCGCUAGUAAGUUCUAAUCUUGGGAAAGAAGAAAGUAAAAGGGCGGUGAAAGGGAACACAUCAAGAAUUCAUUUUCAGAAGGUCUGAUACUUAAAUGUUAUACCAGGUGGUUGAAAUUAAACUCUGUGAUACUAUGUGGAGUUUUCUUUCUUCUUUUUUUCUUUUGAGUUUUUUUUUCCUUCGACAUAUAUUUUGUGUA